AUGGUCAACUGUGCAGCUACGUACUCCUCGCCACCGAAAGUUUGCACAUAUUGCACCGAGGAAUACGUUGCACUAAAACAUAUGGAAUAUCACUUACAUAAAUUGGGGUACGCGUGCGUGAUCAUCGAUUGGAAAUUCGAGACGAAUAGCACGGAAUACAGCUAUCACAAUAACACGGUAGAAUUCCAGAAUAAGCUGUAUGCGUGGAGGCGGUGCGUCUCGAAUUAUUCCUCCGCUCUUCGAACAAAUCGUUCAGUGAUCUGCGAUGAAUGCAUGAAUUUGUUCAAUGCAUUAUUCGAGUUCUACUGGGAUAUCUACGUGGCUCCCCAUGUUGAUUUUUGUCUGGAUGUUGAAACAACGAUGAACGAUACGACGAAUCUCUGGCAUAAUGUGUGGCAUUGCCCGGAUGAUAGAGUGGAAGAACGACGGGACUGGACAUUGCUUGGAUACAGUUUAGCGUUUUUAGCAAUCAUAACAGUGUUCUUCUAUACGGGAAGCUAUAUGCAAAGUGAAGAAAUACAGAGGCGACUUGUUCAAUGUUUGUUUUUUUUUUUUUGCUGA